AUGGAUUUCUUGGACGCGAAUCUACCAGGGGAACCGUGUCUCGACGCGACAAUAACGGGAGCACCAUCAUGCUUCGACGUGCUCCAAACGGGGGAGCUUCCAGCCGUGCCGCCGGCGGAUUGGAGCAGCAUCGGCAGGGAGGAGCUCCGCCUGAUCCAAGAAGCGCUGCAGCGCGCCGAGCAGCCCAGACUGGGAAAUUCCGAGCCUGCUUUAAUCCCCGAGAAGCAACGGCUGUGUGAGUUCAACCCAGCUUCAAGCGCGGAGCGCGCAGGGAUGGUGCUAAUGCCAUUAGUGGAGGGUGAGGGAGAGAGUACGGAUGGAAGUGGGGCUCUGGGGAUUCUAUCCCUUCCCAACCCCCUGCUGACUCAGACUCCGAAUGAGAGUCAUCCUUCCCUUCCCGUGCUUCCUGCGCCGCUGCUGACUCAGCAUAUGCCGCCCAAUCAGCAGCUGCAAACUCAGCCGUCUUCAGAGCUCGGCACCUCUCCUCCUCCACCGCGCUCCUUCCCCUCGCCGUCCCUUCCCGUUGCCCUCAACCGCUCAUCAACCUUCGGAGCCCACAGAUUUCCCAAUUUGGUACCAUCGUUCGGCACAAAACGAAGGCUUUUAGCCUCACAGAUUAAUGACCUAUCUCAAAUGGACGUUUUUCAUGGGAGGAAGAGGUUAUGUGGUAACCCUGCUGCUGUUGACGAAACUGGUCUCCCUCUUGCCGCGCCUGCUGCUGUUGCGACUGCUGUUGCCAUUGAACGGUGCGUUGCUGCUGGUGGCUUCUCUAGGAGUAGCGGUAGCAGCAGCAGCCUCGUUUCCGACGAGAGAAGGCGGAGCGGUAUCGCCAAGCACAAUGCAGAAUGGAAUGCAGCAGCAGCAGCAGCAGCCCUUCCUGCUAUGGCCACUCCCACCCGUGCAACACGUGUGGCACCAAGAAUCACACCUGCUCCAGUGCCUUCCUUCUGGACUGCUGCUGCAACUGCUGCUGCGACUUCCCCUGCGACUGCUGCUGGGACUUUUCCUGCGGGUGCUGCUGCUGCAACCACAUGCCCAAGAGACUCUGGCGUGUGCCGCACACGUCCAGGCGUGAGCCCCACACACUCUGACGUGGGCCCCACACACUCUGGCGUGUGUCACCCAUGUGCUGGCGUGUGCCUGCCACAGCACCCAUUGGACCAGCUUGCUGCUCCUCUCGUGAAGCCUCUGACACCGCAUCCCUUUGAAAUGGCACGUGGUGUGGGACUUGGCGGGUGCACGGACGCUUCUCCCCUGGCCGCUGCUGCUUUUGAUGGUGGUGGUGGUGGUGCUGCUGCUGCUGCUCUGGCUGCUCCUGCCAUGCCAGUCUCGUCCCUUGCACACCAGCGGAGGCAGGCAGCUAUUAGCUGCCUGUUGAGACGGCUCCAGGGUCAAGCACCUGGCAGCACCGCACUGCACUGCCCCGUCUCGCCAGAGCAGCGUUUUGAGCCGUCUCAAGGGCUGUCGCCAUCGCUGCAUUCUCCAAAACCAAAUCCGCUAGUGGAGCCAGCAGUGCAACCAGAUUUCUCCCAAGCACAUGCGCACGAACCCUUCACUCCAAACACCUCCGUACCGCAGCCGCACGCACAGCACCCCUUCACACCGCACUCGCCGCAAAUGCAGGCAGCAGCAGUGCGUGGGUCUGCGUCAGCCCGGGAGUCAACCCCAGGAGGAAGCAUGGGCUUUAAGUCGCCCUCUGCAACCCCGUCCCCGUUGUCCCAGUCCCCGAGGGGAGGGGUGGGACGUGCAGGGACAGGAGGGAGGCAAAUCACGGGGAAGAGUGCUACGGAAAAGCAUAUGCGGUCCAGAAUAACAGAGCGGUUAGAGGCCCUCAAGGCAGUGAUACCAGCGGAGGUGCUGCUGAGGCAGCAGGGCCGGGCGGGGUUCAGCAAUCGCACUCAGAUAGCCACUCUUUUAGAUGCUGCUGUGGGGUUCAUUGAAGGAAUGCGCGAGUACAAGCUAGAGCUGGAAACGCAGCUGCUGGCCUCGUAA